AUGCCGCCCAUCAGCGACGAGGACUGGGCCGACGUGGUCUCCAAAGAGCUGCCAAGCAAGGAUGACGCAGUCAUCCAAAAGUACCUCCAGAACCGCCAGGCUCUCAUCGACGAGGAGAAGAAGCAGCGCAGCGAUUACACGUUCCGCCAGCGCCUGUCGCCCAUCGCCAAGAAAGCGUGCGACAUUGUCGACAGGAUCCGAGACCAUGAGAAGCAAACAGUUUGGACGUCCGAGGUGGAGGAGCAGAUUGCCCAGCAGGUGGCCGUCACUGUCCACCCGGGCAUGAUGUUCAGCCUGGCCAAGGAGAAGAUGGAGUCAACCAACCUGUGGAAGAUAGUCCGCCGGAUGCCAAAGGGGGCACUCCUGCACUCCCACUGCGACGCCAUGGUCGACUUUGAUUACAUCCUAGAGCUCCUCCUCACGACUCCAGGCAUGCACAUCGCCUGCCCCGGCUCGCAUCUCGCCACCGCCGAGGCGAGGAAGGAGGAGGGGGUCUCCAUCCAGUUCAGAGCCAUCAACCACACCGAGGGCUCCCUCUGGAAGGAUGACUACAAGCCCGGCACAUUCGUGCUCAUGACGAAGGCAGCUGACGACUAUCCCGACGGGGGCAGGUCGGGCUUCCUAGAAUGGCUAAAGAGCCGGUGCACCAUCAACCAGGCAGAUGCCCUCGAGCAGCACCACGGCGUAGCCGAGAUCUGGCGCAAGUUUGUCAAGUGCUUCGAAGUCAUUGGCGCCAUGAUACACUACGAGCCCAUCUGGCGCGCGUUUCUGCAGCGACUCAUGAGCCAGCUCGUUGAAGAUGGCGUCUAUUGGGUAGAGAUACGAUUUGCCUGGCCUCCUAAUUACUGUCGGGAGGGGUGCGAAGAGCCGGAGCCAGACUAUAAUCAUAUGUUCCAGGUGAUUGAGGAGGAGGUGGCCAAGUUCCAGGCCACCGAGGCCGGCCAGACUUUCUGGGGUCUCCGGAUGAUCUGGACCGCCUUGAGAGGCCUGGGCUCGAGGCCCAUCGUCCAGAGCAUGGACGACUGCAUCGCGACGAAAUUGGCGUGGCCGCAUCUUCUGGCGGGCUUCGAUCUCGUGGGCCCCGAGGACGCUGGACGGCCGUUGGCGGACCUCCUUCCAGAACUCUUUUGGUUCCGAAAGCAGUGCGCCCUCGAAGGGGCCAACAUCCCCUUCUUCUUCCACGCGGGCGAGACUCUAGGCGACGGCGACUCGACCGAUCAGAAUCUGUUUGACGCCCUUCUCCUCGGAACGCGGCGAAUAGGACACGGUUUCUCCCUCUUCAAGCACCCGCGCUUGAUCGACGCCGUCAAGGACAAACGCAUCCUGGUGGAGAGCUGCCCGAUAUCAAACGAGAUCCUGCGCCUGACGGGGAGCAUCAUGCAGCACCCCCUUCCGGCACUUCUGGCGCGGGGAGUCCCGUGUGCCCUCUGCAAUGACGAUCCUGCCAUUCUCGGCCAAGACACGGCCGGCAUGACACACGACUUUUGGCAGGCGCUCCAAGGCUGGGAGAACCUCGGGCUAGCCGGCCUGGGAUCGCUGGCCGAGAAUAGCGUGCGAUGGGCUGCUUUCGAGGACCAGGACUCUGAGGCGUGGACUCGGGACAUCCGGGUGGCUACCGUUGGGGGCGGCACGAAGGCGGCGCAUUUGCGGCAAUGGGCAGUGGAAUGGGAGCUAUUCUGCGUCUGGAUCGUGACGGAAUACGGCGAGACAGAGUUCGGCGAAAAGCACAACGGCGGCGUCCAUGUCGAGGCUAUGGGACGCUAA